CUGCGUAACUUAACGGCGGACUUGCAUAACGUGGUAACCAGGUUGCACCAUUGCCUCAAACAACAACACUCCCCUUCACUUUCAUUUGACUCCGAGACUUUUGUGACCAAAUUCUCCUCUAGACUGCUGUUUCACUGCACUCGUGUCCUAGCGCCGCGUCGUCUUCUGAACGCCGACUUCUUUCCCAUCCGCCGCCGAUCAUCGUCUCCUCCGCCUUUUCGACCCCUGCCGUGGCCACAAUCGAUUGCACAGACUGCAUAAGCUGCUGGAGGUAACUUCGAUCAGUCCACCGUUGCAGGAAGCAGCCGGUCAUCAUCAAACCGUAGCGGCGUGCUCCACGCACAUCAUGUCCAACGGCACCGGCGGCGGUGUCCGCAACCUACGGGCAAUGUUCGAGAACAACAGCCAGCCGGCUUCCCCAGACGUCCGCGGCCGAUCGCCCAGCGCUCGUAGCAACGAUGAUUCCAGCAGGCCGCUCUCCAAGGUCCGAACCAGCUUCGUCUCGGUUGAGCCCAUCAAGCGGAUUCGGAAUGACACACCAGAGCAGAGGGGAGACUCGGAUACUCAUCGUCGGGAAAGCUUCUCAUUGAACGAGAGCCGCCCAAGUGAUGCCGAGGCAUUGAGCGAGAUGAAGAAGACGGUAUCUCACGAGCUGGAGCUGCGCAAGUCAAAUAGCAGUGUGGCAGAGGUAGUGCCGGAGAAUGCCAUUGUCAGCGAAGCCCCGACUCCCUUCACAGCAGCCGAGAAGCAGCUGGAUACGUCUGCGGAGGCUAUCACGGUGCCGUCCGUCACAAGCACGAGCGUGAGCAGGGCGACGAGCGAGUCACGGCCAGAGACACAGGCGUUGGAUAGUUCCCCUCCUGCCGCUCCUGCUGCUCCCGCCGGUCAGCCAGCGAAGGACCAAACGUCUCCUUUCAGCACCUCCCCACGAGUCAUACGUAAUCUUGCCGAGAAUUUACGCACUCCCCAGCCUGCUGCUGGAAAGAAACCUCAACCACAACAACCACCCAACUCGCCCACACCGGCAGCUAAACGCCAAGAUGCGAAGAAGGUCGAGCCAAAAGCAAAACCUGCUCAAGCUUCGGCGCCAGCCUCAGCACCAGCCUCAACAACCGCCCAGCCAGAGGUAGCUGAGAAGGCACAACCAAAACCCGUGCAAGAGACGCCCAAGAAGACUGGGACAGAACGCCCAGGGCGAACAAGCUCAAGGGUCUCGUCAGGCACGGUUACAACAGGAGGUUUUGUGAAGCCCAAGCCGCGUUCCCCUACCAGGCCGGUCAAACUGCCCGCGCAUCUCAUCGCACCAACGGCUUCGUCGGCCGCCAAGCAUGGCGAUUCUCCUCCUAGUCAGCGAACUCUCAGCCGACGCUCAUCCACCAUCAGCACAGCGUCUAGACGUCCCUCGAUACGUGCUGCGCACCCCCCAAAGCAGACUCGACCGAAGCAAGCCGCACACCCCCCCGCUGCGACGGAGAACAAAUCGCCUCCGCCGAAAUCGCCGACGGCACCUUCGACUUUCCUUGAGCGCAUGAUGCGUCCGACAGCUAGCUCGGCUUCCAAAGUAAAGGAAAAGAUCGACACAACUAAGGGGAAGAAGUAGUGACAGUACGUUGUAGCGACACCAGAAUACGGCUGGCAUUUGAUGGAAUUUUUUUUUCGAAUCCCGUCUCACUCGUAUGCAGCUUUCAGCACAGUAUGAAGAUGGCCAUUGUUAUAUUUGCCGCGAGAAAAAGUUUGACUAGGCUGCAUCGUGACGGCGCUUGUAUUCACCAUGCACGAUACUCCACAUAGUAAUUUCGUUUGCGCAACUUUUUUUUCGCAGACAUGGAUGGAAAGCAGAUUCAGUUACUCUGAAAUAAGGGGGAUCGAAGCGCAGUUCUUUUUUAUUUUUUUUUCUUUUUCCCCCCUCUUUUUUAAAUGUUCGAUUGGAAGAUUUAGCAUAGCGAGAAGGAGUUUUUCAAGCCGUUGAAGCUCCGGUUAGCGUAUCAAUUGAGGAGAUAAG